GUAGUCACGCAAGACACUUUUCAUCUCCCAAUAAUUCAUGCACUGAAAGCCAAUUUCUAAUUUGAUGGGCGUCCCUCACUUUCUUCUAAUUCCAUAUCCAACACUAGGACAUGUGAACCCCCUUAUGCAGUUGUCUCAGGUUCUUGCCAGACAUGGCUGCAAGAUCACUUUUCUGAACACAGAAUUCAACCACAAAGGAGCAAAUACAGCAGCAGGUGUUGGGAUAGACAACGCCCAUAUAAAGUUUGUGACACUCCCAGAUGGUUUGGUCCCUGAAGAUGACAGAAGUGACCACAAAAAAGUUAUUUUCUCAAUCAAAAGCCACAUGCCUCCUAUGCUUCCCAAACUCAUUCAAGAUAUCGAUGCUUUGGAUGCUAACAAUAACAUCACUUGCAUUGUUGUCACAGUGAAUAUGGGUUGGGCCUUGGAAGUUGGCCACAAAUUGGGAAUUAAAGGAGCUCUUCUGUGGCCUGCAUCUGCAACUUCGUUGGCCACGUGUGAUUGUAUCCCAUGGUUGAUUCAUGAUGGAAUUAUAGAUUCAGAUGGAAACCCCAUCAAAAAACAAGAAAUUCAACUCUCCACAAAUCUGCCAAUGAUGGACACAGAAAACUUGCCAUGGUGUAGCCUAGGUAAGAUGCUCUUUCAUCAUAUUGCACAAGAGAUGCAAACUAUUAAGUUAGGAGACUGGUGGCUUUGCAACACAACAUAUGAUCUUGAGUCUGCCGCAUUUUCCAUAUCACGACGGUUCCUACCAAUUGGUCCAUUGAUUGCAAGUGACAGCAACAAAAGUUCACUCUGGCAAGGAGACACAACUUUCUUAGACUGGUUAGAUCAGCAGCCACCUCAAUCAGUUAUAUAUGUUGCCUUUGGUAGUUUGGCAGUAAUUGAUCACAACCAACUUAAGGAAUUAGCUCUAGGACUCAAUUUCCUUGACAAGCCUUUUCUUUGGGUUGUACGGCCGAGUAAUGAUAAUGAGGCAAACAAUGCAUGCUCUGAUGAAUUCCAUGGAAGUAAAGGCAGAAUUGUAAGUUGGGCACCACAGAAGAAGAUAUUGAACCACCCUGCCAUAGCUUGUUUCAUUAGUCACUGUGGUUGGAAUUCUACCAUAGAAGGUGUAUGUGGUGGCGUACCUUUCUUGUGUUGGCCAUUAGCCAAGGAUCAGUUUGUUAACAAGUCAUAUAUUUGUGAUGUGUGGAAGGUUGGACUGGGAUUAGACAAGGCUGAGAAUGGAUUAAUAUCAAAGGGAGAGAUAAGGAAGAAGGUAGAGCAAUUACUUGGCGAUGAAGGCAUAAAAGCAAGGUCGUUGAAACUGAAGGAAUUGACCUUGAAUAACAUAGUAGAAGGUGGUCACUCUUCAAAGAAUCUCAAAAACUUUAUCAGCUGGGCAGAGUAAUAAUGCUUUGGUAUAGUUUGGAAAUCGUUGUAAACUUGCAAUGUAGUUAGUAAAAUUGUUCAUUCCGUUAUGUAGUAUUUUGAGGACAUUGAAUAUUAUAAAUAUCAUCAUUUCCAUUCCAUGAUAAAGGAUUAGAGACCUUUACCUGGAUUCAUGAUCUUGUUCUU